UCCGAUUGUUGUCUACCGGCGAUAAGUCACAAAUUAGAGCGUUUUGUUUUUUUCCCCAUAGACGCAUGUAAAUUGAAAAAUCGCUAAUGAUAUAACUAGUUCGAGGAACUAGCAAAAGAAAAACAUCUCUCCUUUUGAAGUACCACCACUUUCCCUCGAGAAACAGUCUUACAAAACGUUGAAUCUGUUGUUCCGUUGCGCUCAGUUUGGUAACUGCAUUGCACCCGUCAAUAUCAGCGAUGCUCCUCGUCAUAUUCCAAGGUAUCCUGGUUUUGCUAGUAGCUGCAACGGUAAUAACGGUAACCCGUGCAGGGCCAGCGGCCAACAGUGGUGGCAACAGUACCGGAGCCUACUACCAGCAUCCAUACCAGAACGCGUUAAUGGACAGUGAAGCCGCCUUUCUGGCACUCAGUGAGGACCACCACAUCGAACGAUAUAAACAGGGUGGUGGACCUAUCAGGAGUCCCAGAAACCAACGCGAGCCAAGAUUCAUCAGCUUUCAAACUAGGGAUAAUAACAUCGAGGUCGAGGUCCAGUUUGCCAUUCCUUUCCUCUCGGUUCCGGUGAAAAAAUCUGUUGACGGUAUGAUGAGUACGUUUCAAAAGGGUACAGCUCUGCUGAAUGUGAAUGUUGCAGCUGUGGCAUUAGCCGGUAUCCUGGCAUUGGGGAGUGCUUUCAUAGGAGGCCUUGCGAAACUUUUGAAAGGUUACAGUUUAGGAGAAACUCAUGGACCUUUAGGUCAGAAGCGAGAGGAUACUUCCGGGUUACCAAAAACGGAAAAGGCAUAUGACCAAAUCAGCUGGUGGACGGUACUGGAGGCAGUGGACAAGAGCUUGCAAAAGUUUGACAUCGAUUCGACGGCCUGCACGCAGCGGACGGUCUGUUGGUACGUGAAAGAAGCGAUGAACAAUGUGGAAGAGCAGCGGGCCAAUAAUUUGGAGAUUUUGGUCAACGGGCUAAGCAGUGCGGACUGGGCAAUGAAAUUUACCACCGGAACAGCAAUAGAGGAUGCAAUACGAGUCGGAAGACGGAAUCUGAACUGCGAGCAAGCAUUUCCGGGCUGCCGAUUAGGACCGGACGUGGUGCAGCGGAUCAUCAAUAGUUCCAGCAGUAGAAGUAGAGCGAAUUGGUAGGCAUUAGUUUGGCAGGAGUUUAGUAUUGAGAUUAGUUCAAAGUUUUAGCUUGCAACUGCUAGGUAGCAAUAAACCAAUUUUUAGAUGUA